GCGACGAAGGAACUCGAGCGGUUGUGUUUCCAUUUCCCUGUGUGGUGUGUUUCGUUUUCAUUGUUCGCGUCGUCGACGAUGAUACGUCAGUGUCUAAAGACGUGCAAGUGAAAUAUUAUUACGAAAACGAACGUGUUGUACCAGGCGUACAACCGGUGUCCUUCAUUCUCAAAAUCGACACUGAUCUUCGAAGAUCAACAACUCAACUCGACUCGAUACGACUCAAACAACGAUUCACGUGGAACGAUUUUCCAACGACGGGGUUCUGAACGGCGCGGAACAAGAUGUGGAACAACCUGACUUGCGUGGGUGAUUUCCUGAAUCGAGCCUUCUACAAACUAGGGCUGGUAGUCGGUCGACAUCCCGGCUACUUUGUAAUAGUUCCGGUUCUCCUGGCCUGCAUCUGUUUCACCGGAUACCAGAGGAUCCAUUACGAGAUAGAUCCAGAGUAUCUUUUCUCUCCUACUAACGGUCCAAGCAAAAUGGAAAGAGCGAUCGUCGAACAGUACUUCAAGGUCAACUACAGCCACAGAUUCAACCUGGGACGUAUUACUAGGCCAGGACGGUUUGGUCACGUGAUCAUCACAUCGAAGGAUGGAAACGAUAAUCUGUUGAGAGAAGCGGUGUUCAGAGAACUCAUGGAGCUGGACAAGGCCAUCAGGAACACUAAAGCAGUGUACGAAGGAACGCAGUUCACGUACAAUCAGAUCUGUGCCAAAUGGUUGGACACUUGCUUCAGUAACGACAUUUUGGACCUAUACCAUGUUAUAGAUGAUGUGGAGAAAAGGGAGCUCAACUUGACGUUCCCCGUGACGCUAAACCCAGAAACCUGGCAUAUUCACCUGUUGCCAGUCUAUUUUGGAGGUAGUGUGGUCAAGGAACGGGUGGUUGAAUCUGUACCCUCUAUGCAGCUGGCCUAUUUCCUUAGAGCUGACAAUACUCGCCAGGAUGAAAUUGGUGCAGCCUGGGAAGAAGCAUUUCUAGAGACACUGAGGAAAGUGGAAGAGGAUAAUAUCUUUAAACACAUUGCUACUGCCAGGUUCGCUUCCAGGACAUUGGAACUAGAACUAGAGGAGAACACUAAAACCAUAGUGCCUUAUUUUUCGAGCACGUUUAUCCUUAUGGCUUUGUUCUCCGUGGUCACUUGUAUGAUGACUGAUUGGGUACGUAGCAAACCAUGGUUGGGGCUUCUUGGAAACGUCUCUGCAGCAAUGGCUACCGUGGCAGCAUUUGGUCUCUGCAUAUACCUGGGGGUCGAUUUCAUUGGACUCAAUUUAGCCGCACCGUUCCUUAUGAUUGGUAUUGGAAUAGAUGACACGUUCGUGAUGCUGGCUGCCUGGAGACGAACCAGUAUAAUGAAACCGGUGCCUGAAAGAAUGGCUGCCACACUUAGCGAGGCCGCUGUCUCGAUUACCAUUACCUCCCUGACCGACAUGAUAUCGUUUUUCAUUGGGAUUCUCUCGCCAUUUCCCUCGGUCCAAAUUUUUUGCAUCUACUCCGGAUUCGCCGUAGUCUUCACCUUUGUCUUUCAUCUGACCUUCUUCACUGGCUGCGUGGCCAUUAGCGGUUACUGUGAGCAAAAGAAUCUCCAUAGCAUAGUAUGCUGCAAAGUGCAACCCCUGUCUAAGUCUAUGAACAGAUCAUGGUUUUAUAGAGCAUUAUGCACCGGAGGAGUCGAUCCGGAUGAUCCGUAUAACCCUACCGAUAACCCGGAACAUGGCUGCAUGAGUUGGUUCAGGGAUUACCUUGCUGCUGCGUUGAAUUGCAGACCCGUCAAGGUUAUCAUCAUCCUGAUAUUUGCCUGUUAUCUAGCUGGUGCUCUUUACGGGCUAACGACUCUUCAGGAGGGUUUGGACCGUCGCAAGCUCUCCAAGAAUGAUUCUUACUCGAUUGCUUUCUAUGACCGUCAAGACUACUACUUCCGGGAAUUCCCCUAUAGAAUACAGGUAGUAGUAAGCGGAAAAUAUAAUUAUAAUGAUCCAGUGAUCCAAGAACAAAUGGAGAAUCUAACCAGAUCCUUGGAAGCCAGCAAGUACAUCAGUAGCGCCCCUAUCUACACGGAAAGUUGGCUUAGAAAUUUUCUGAGCUAUGUCAAUAGUAGUGAAAGUGACGUAGACAUUAAGGAUGAGAAAAACUUUAUUAAGGAGUUAAAAGAAACCUUAUCUCCUAGAAGCAGCUAUUCCUUGGACGUAAAAUUCGAUCAGACUGAAGAACAUAUUAUAGCCAGUAGGUUUCUUAUCCAAGCAGUGAACGUGAGUGGAACUAACCAGGAAAAGGAUAUGGUGAAGGAACUUCGACGGAUUUGCGACCAGUCUCCAUUGAAUGCCAGUGUCUUUCAUCCGUACUUUGUGUUCUUUGACCAGUUUGAACUGGUUAAACCCACCAGUAUCCAAUGUAUGAUCUUUGGCGCUCUGAUCAUGAUGUUGAUCAGCUUCAUUUUUAUUCCUAAUGUAAUGUGCUGUUUGUGGGUAGCCUUUUGCAUUAUUUCCAUCGAAUUGGGAGUGGCUGGUUACAUGGCAUUGUGGGAUGUAAAUCUCGAUAGUAUAUCCAUGAUUAAUCUUAUCAUGUGUAUAGGUUUCAGUGUUGAUUUCACUGCUCAUAUUUGCUAUGCCUAUAUGAGCUCCAAACAGAAGACAUCAGAGGAUAAAGUUAAAGAAAGUUUAUACAGUCUUGGUCUCCCAAUAGUCCAGGGAGCCACUUCAACAAUUCUAGGAUUGAUAGCCUUGGUACUUGCAGGAACAUACAUCUUUAUGGUAUUCUUCAAAAUGGUGUUCCUGGUGAUAUUUAUAGGAGCAAUGCAUGGCAUGUUCCUACUUCCUGUUCUACUCUCUUUAUUUAGUCCUUCAUCAGACAAAGAUAACAAAACAGACUUAGAGAAAACUCAACAAAAAAAAGUUUCAGAAAAGGAUCUUAAUUGCAAACUGCCACAGCCUUAUGUGAUUCCACAUCCAACUUUAACAUACUAUCACCCUUCUGGAGCUGUCAAGAGUCUUCAAGGUAGCCCUGCAACCAGCCUAGCUGCCUUUGAAGACAGAGAUCCUGGUUUGGGUACCAGUGAAGACAGUAAUUCUACAGAAAGUGGCUCAUCACAAAGUAGAAGAAGGGAAGGACAGCUGGAACCAGAACACCAAAGGCAGCAUGAUGUUUGGAGAAGAUCUAUAGGUGUUCUCUAUGGGACAUCCCAGUUCCAGACUGCUUCGCCUCCAGCUGCACCUCUACCAGAUUUUUCUGGGACACUCCAAGAGGUCCAGAAUGAUCAAGAGCGAAGAGCAGCUAGGACAGUAUCUUACUUAGGACCAUAUCCAGUUUAUAGGGCUGCUGCAAAUCAUCUGCAUAGGGAUCAUAGGAGGAGUAGAUCAUACCAUAAUCUCCAUCAAUCAUCCAGGUACCUGACUGAACCACGUUAUCCUUAAGGAUAUCUUUCAAUGAAGGAGAAUUGUGAGUGUAGCCUGUGCAUGGAUUACAUAGAAUGGGCAUAUCUCUACUUCUGGCCCUCUUUUAUUUGUCUGGGGUAAUCAUUGAAAAUACAAUUUUUGAAAAUAGGAAAUUUGCCUUAGAAACUGAUAGUCAGGCUCCUAUGACUAUUGGCAAUUUUCUUGUGGU